AUGGAAACCAUUGAUUCUUUUUUUUUGAGUGAGGAGGAAAAUGACGAUGAAAAUAAACUAAAUGACACUGCUCGUGCUUUGCAGCGAAAAUAUAGAAAGUGUUUACUACUCCUGUGGUUGAACACAAAAUUUCCUGAUGGUUUAGGCCGCAUUUUAACUAGUCAUGAAAUACAAUCAGAUCAUCUUAAAGAAUGGAAUGAAUUCUAUAAACAAAAUGUUCUUCUUAGGCUAUAUUCUGAAGUCGAAUGGAAUUUAUUGACAAUCUUUAGUAAAUCAUCUUUGGAUUCGUCCAUCCUUGAAUCGAUUCAACCAGUUCGAAUGGAGGAGGUUUUUCCUGUAGCUUCCCCUGUCAUUCCUUCAGAAACAGCUAGGAUACCACCUAACGAAGAUGUUCAGGAACAUGAGAAUGAAAGCUUAGAAAAACAAAAAAUCCAGGAAACCGACUUAUCCGAUGUUCCUGGAGAAGAAUCUAGCCAACGGGCAUUGUCUUACAAAGAGGCGGCAAACGAUAAAAAAGAAAUAAAAGAUAAUGAUACUUCAAAGUCUAUAAAGAAAGAAUUGGCUACCAAUGGGGAAACCAAUGAAAAAGAACCUUCGCCUUUACCUGCUGAGCGAACUCAAACCCCAGACAGUGAAUAUGCUGUUUUGCAACUUACUAAAACCCAGCAAAAAGAUGAGCAACGGGAUGUAAGCACUAAUAACGAAGCUUCUUCAGAAAUAGUUCAACCAGAAGCAGAAAGUACUGUAUCCGGUGAAGCCCGAAAUGUUGGAAUUGCGGCUGAAGAAGUCAUUCCCAAAUCCCCAACUGAGGCCAAACAUGAAGUGAAUUUGCAUAAAACCGAUGAGAAUGUUCUCAAAGAAAAUAAUGACAUGGAAAUAGAAAGGCGCGUUAUUGAAGAGACCGCUCCAUCGUCUGUGAUUGCGCAAUAUGAAAAAAGUGAAGCCGGGACAGUAGAUCAGCCAGCACAACAAGAUGACUCAAAUAUUUCAUUUGACGAUAGUAACCAACAAAGAAAUGUGUUAUCUAUUCCGAUAUCCACUACGGAAGAACCUCCUGUCGAAGAUGCCGCUAAAGGCGAGUCCCAAAAACAGACAGGAAAUAUUGAAACGUUCCGAGAAUCUCUCACUCCCUCGAAACCUCUAUUUCAUUUAUCAUUUUCGCUUCCAUUUUCCUUAUUACCACCUUCGGAAUUCUCUGUUCCAAAGAAGGUUGAAGAUACUUUAGAUGCUUGGCUGCUUCGUACCGAAAUGAUACCUUUGCAAAAUGAUCUUGAGAACGCGUAUAAAUACGUAUCUACUAACAACUGGAUGCAUGCUUAUAAAGAAAAAAUAGUAAGAGAGUCUAUCCGUCGUGUGUUUAAUGCCAAAGAAAAAGGAACUUGGUCGUUUCGUCAACCGAAACGGCAGAAAGAGUUGAUUCCAAUAAAGACACAUCACGAUUAUUUGCUUGAUGAAAUGCAAUGGAUGUCUAUUGACUUUUCGCAAGAAAGACGAUGGAAAAUAGUCUUGGCAAAGCAAAUAGUUGACUCCGUGAUGAACUACCACAACACAUCUGAUAAAAGUACCGUGUGCACGCCAGCUUCUUUAUCGAAAAAUAAAAGGCCGUAUUCACGCAAAGAAAGUGAUAGAAAGGAGAAUUCAUCAGAUUUGCUUUCUCCUGACUUCGCAAAAACUAAGCUGGAUCAGUACGAUUCCUUGCAGAGAUUGUCUCCCCCAAGAAACAAAGAGUUUUACAGCACUAUCUUUUCAGAAGAUGUUGUUGCCAUUACUGAUCUUGAGGAAUCUCACAAGCCGGUCUUCAAUGUUCCGACAUACGAUCCGCCUAGUACUACUGAAAAACAAUUGCGAGCUUCAGGUAUAACAAAUCCCAUAGCACCAAUCUCUAGGUUUGCUUUAGCUAAAACAAAACUUAAGUCGAGCUGUAUACAUACCGAACGUAAAAGAUUAUUUAGUGAACGUGACAUUAUUCCUCAACAAUCGGAAACAGCGAUCACGAAAAAUAAAGCUUUUGAAAACAAUGGUGUGACUACAGAAUCUCAGGAGGAAAAUGCUAAGAAAAAACGAGCAUUUGCACCGUUCACCGUACGCCCUCCAUAUCCUCCUUUGACAACGGAGAACACAUCCGAGAUUGUCUGGUUACCUGAGGAGGACGAACUACUUCUUUUACUCUUGAGGCAAUAUUCUUUUAAUUGGGAAUUUAUAGCAAACCAAUUAACGCCGUCUGGAUUAUACGUGCCUAAUACAGAACGGAGGACUGCUUGGGAUUGUUUUGAAAGGUGGAUUCAAAUUGAUCCUCAGGCUGGAAAUGUUCAAUUUACUGGAUCUCAUGCAAGAUUGGCUCAGCAGAAGCUAGAUGAGUCGUUACAAAAAUCCAAGCAAUCAACACAAAAUCUGCGUCUGCGUGACUCUCAUACUCCUAUGCCUCGCAUGAUGAGUCAGAAUUCUUACUUUAUAUUGCCAACGAUUUCCCGCCAUUAUCGUCCUGUUGCUAUAUUUGAGGCUAUCAAGAAGACACUUAAGCAACGGGAGUUUACUCAAAAGACAGCAAUCAAGCGACAGACUACCAAUGUUCCAACUCCGCAUGAACGUCUACCUCCUGUACCUUCUCCAAUUGAGCUUUCUAGGUUGAAACUCGAACGUGAAGCACAGAUUCAGCAACUACAAUCGCAAAGAAAUGCAAACCUAUAUAUGCAACAUCAAAAUCAAACGAAAAUGAGGCCGACAGCUUCUAUACCUGGGACGCCUCAGUAUAAUUUAGCAGCAUAUCAAGCAGCAGUUUCUCAAAAUUCUAGUGCCACAUCCUCAACUGGUAAUUCCCCAGUUCUUCCAAGGGCUGUUCCUCGAUUGCAGAAUCGACUGGAUUAUCCAAAUUCUCCAAGAUUGGCAGCGGAACAGAUUCCGCCGUUUCAACAAAGAUAG